AUGGAGCUGGAGCUUCUCAAAGCUCGUAGAAACAUCCCAGUUCUAGACAGAACAGAGGGGAAAAAACACAGUGUGGUUUUAGAAAAGGAAGGUUCAGAUGACUUUCAACCAAAGCCAAAUGAACCACUCCUGCAAACUUUUACUGGUCGGAAAAAGCAGAGUGGGGAGGUACUUCCUGUACAUUGCUUCUCCAGCUGUGUAAAUUACAUUUUUCUCAGCAGCAACAGCUUUGGGGUUAGGCGAAUACCAGGACCAGUCAGUGCACAAGAGGCAGUCCAUGUUGUUUGUUUAUUAAUCGCCAGGGAAUGUCAGCUAGCCCUACUGAAGAGGAGCGAUGAGCAUAAAGGGAAUGACUUUUUCAAGUGUCAGAUUUUACAACAACCAGCUAAAGUGGCCGCUGACAACAAGCCAGUGAACCUGAGCUUCUUUCUCACAGUAGGCCAGGUUGGCCUAAAUUUAGAGAAGUCUGUGGCUGCUGGCCUGGAUGUGGGAGGAACGCAAUCCACUGCCUAUAACUUUGCUUCAGAAAGGACAAAAGAGGACCGCCACACCUUCAGCACACACAGGGUCACCUGCAACCAUUAUGGUUACCGAGUAUCAGACAGAGCGCCUCUCAGCUCUGAGUUCAGCUCGGCUGUAGCUAAGCUACCAGGUUUCUACAACAGCUCCACCAGAGCUCAGUACAGUCAGCUCAUACACACCUAUGGCACACACUACAUCCGCCAGGUUAACCUUGGUGGUCGACUGAGGCGAGUCACAGCUGCACGAACCUGUCUGUCCUCCCUGAAUGGACUGUCCUCAAAUGAGGUCCACUCCUGUUUGUCGCUGGGUUUCUCUGUCGGCUUGGGAAAGAGCCAACUAUCUGGUAACAGAGACUCUUGCAACAAGGUCCUACAAAACCAGGGUCUCUCUGUUACAUACAGCUCUGGACUCCACCAACACUACACAGAGGUGGUAGGAGGCAAUGGUUGGUUGGGAGAGUUUGCACUCACACGUAAUGACUCCCUUGGUUUUCUAACUUGGCUGAAGACACUGAAGGAUCACCCAGAUGUUGUUUCCUACUCCCUUCGGCCAAUCUACGAGCUGAUGACAAAUGAUACGCAAAAGACAGGGAUGAAAGCUGCCAUUGAGCAGUACUUAGAGGACAAUGCUGUGAAAAAAUCACCCAAUGAGCCAAACUGUGGUUCAAACAUUCCUAAUCUGGCUUCCAACUGCUGUCCUCUGCAAGCCUGGAGGGGGACGCUAAGGGUUACCAUUGUGCGAGCCUGGGACCUGAAAGGAGAUCCAACUGGCAAGACUGAGGGCUAUGCAAAAAUGUGGUUUGGCUCCAGCUAUCGGCAGACUAAUUGGAUUCGGUCAAACAAUCCCCAGUGGAACGCUUAUUAUGAUUUAGGCUAGGUCAGUAAACCCUUAUUAUAGAUCAUAAAUCCUUUGGCCUCUCAGUCGGCAGAG